GAUGUGUAAUUGUUAUUUUAUCGUAUAACUAUACUACUUCUGGAUUGUGUAUAUACUUUUGGUUAUCACCGUCUAUUUCCUCUUAUUUCUAUCGCAUUUCUAUAGUCUUCACUAUGUAUGAAGACGGGGAUAAGGACUCUAAUUUGGAUUUUUUGAAUUUCAUUCCUCAGGGUGAUACUGCUGAGGAGAAUGAUGAUGUCGGCUCUGCUAUUCCAUCAGCUGGAGCUACACAGGUUUACUACGAUAAAGUUGACACAUCAUACUCUGAAGCCAUACAGACGUACGAUGAGGGUGAGAUAGCUUUGAUGGAUGCAUCGCUUUGUGUUUCUCGUGGUCAAGGCGUUGACGACUAUACACAUUACUCUAAAUACUUACGUCCGGGUAUCCAGGUUUCCUUUUGCGGCACUCCUGUUGUUCAGAACAUUGUAGCUUCUGUACAUCUUGGCAAUGAGAUAGAUUUGCGUGAGAUAGCGAUAUCUACUAGGAAUGCUGAGUACAAUCCUCGCAAGUUCAACGCUUUAAUUUUGCGUAUGCAAAAUCCUCGUUGCACUGGAUUAGUAUUUCGCACUGGUCGUUUGAUUGUUACUGGUUGCAAAACUGUGGAAUCCGCUCGUUUGGGUGCUAAGCGUAUUGCUAAGAUGGUCCGUCGUGAACUGGGUGGUGGUAUACAGUUCAAUGAUUUUAAGAUUGAGAACAUAAUUGCUACGUUCAACUGCAACGUUCCUAUUCGUUUAGAGCGACUAUAUGAGGAACACAAGCUGUUUUGCAACUAUGAGCCGGAGAUCUUUGCGGGUUUAGUCUAUCGCAUUGCGAUUCCGUGCAAAAGUGAGGCUGUGUUAUUGGUUUUCGUUUCAGGGAACGUUAUAGUAACCGGCUGCCGGUCUCCUGAAGACAUAUAUCUGAUAUACCGUCGUAUGGCACCCAUUUUAUGCGAAUUUAAGCAUUAGGUGUAAAACUGACCUAUAAACACACAUUUUUAUCAAUUUAUUUAAAUAAA